AUGAGAGUUCUCUUGACAGGCGGUUCCGGCUUUAUCGCCGCCCAUUGCGUCGACUACCUGCUUCAGCAUGGCCACUCCGUCGUCUUCACCGUACGAUCACCGGAAAAGGGCCAAAAGAUCUUGAGGAAUCAGCCUGGUCAACCAAAGGACAAACUCAGCUACGUGAUCGUCGGCGACAUCGCGCAAGAAAACGCCUUCGACGAGGCCGUCAAAUCAGAUCCGCCCUUCGAAGGCGUCCUGCACACCGCGUCGCCAUUCCACUUCAAUGUCACGGAUCCCAAGAAAGAUCUGUUGGAUCCUGCCAUCAUUGGCACCACUGGAAUUCUCAAGGCUGUCAAGAAAUAUGCACCUACUGUCAAGCGAGUAGUCAUCACCAGUUCCUUUGCAGCAAUCAUCAACCCCAAGUCGCACGAGAAGGUCUACAGCGAGAAGAGCUGGAACCCGGUCACCGAGGAGGAAGCCACCAAGGAUCCCGCAACUACAUACCGCGCGUCAAAGACGUUCGCUGAGCGGGCGGCGUGGGAGUUUGUCGAGAAAGAAAAGCCCAACUUUGACAUCGCGACCAUCAAUCCACCCCUCGUCCUUGGUCCGGUUGUGCACUACCUCAACUCCCUCGAGACUAUCAACACUUCCAACGAACGGAUCAGAAACAUGAUCCAAGGCCGGACGAAGGAUACCGGUCUCCCUCCUACAGGCGCCUAUCUCUGGAUCGACGUUCGGGACGUUGCACUCGCUCACGUCAAAGCCCUGGAAAUCCCCGAAGCGGGCGGCAAACGCUUCUUCACCACAGCGGGCCUCUACUCCAACGCCGACAUCGCACAUAUCAUCAAGCAACACUUCCCAGAUCUGGCUAGCAAGCUCCCAGACAAGCUUGUGAGUGACAUGCCGUCAGAUAUCUAUCAGUACGACAACUCGAGAUCGAAGGAAAUCCUGGGGUUGAAGUACCGAAGUUUGGAGGACAGUGUUAUCGACACUGUCAAGUCCUUACUCGCAGUCGGUGCUUAG